GCAUCUAUUAACAAGCUAAAAGUGACAGAACCAUGGCUCAGUUUCCAACACCUUUUGGGGGCAACCUGGAUAUCUGGGCUAUCACUGUGGAGGAGAGAGCCAAGCAUGACCAGCAGUUCCACAGUCUGAAACCCACAGCUGGAUUUAUCACUGGUGAUCAAGCCAGGAACUUUUUUUUUCAGUCUGGGUUACCUCAGCCAGUGUUAGCACAGAUAUGGGCUCUAGCUGACAUGAACAAUGAUGGCAGGAUGGAUCCCUUGGAGUUCUCCAUCGCCAUGAAGCUCAUCAAGCUGAAGCUCCAGGGGUACCAGCUCCCCUCUGCUCUGCCCCCCGUCAUGAAGCAGCCGCCCCUCGCCCUGCCCGGCGCCCCAGGAUUUGGUCUCGGGGGCAUUGCCAACAUGCCCCCCCUCAGCUCCGUGGCCCCGGUGCCCAUGGCCUCCAUGCCGGUGGUGGGGAUGUCCCCCCCGUUAGUGUCCAACGUCCCCGCCGUCCCUCCCCUGGCUAACGGAGCUCCCGCUGUCAUCCAGCCUCUGCCUGCUUUCGCUCACCCCGCCACAUUGCCAAAGAGUUCUUCCUUCAGCAGAUCCGGGCCAGGAGCUCAGCUCAAUGCAAAGCUGCAGAAGGCACAGUCCUUCGAUGUGCCCAGUGCUCCCCCCGCGGCAGAGUGGGCUGUCCCUCAGUCCUCACGCCUCAAGUACCGGCAGCUCUUCAACAGCCACGACAAAACCAUGAGUGGACACUUGACAGGUCCCCAAGCCAGAACGAUCCUCAUGCAGUCCAGUUUGCCCCAGGCUCAGCUGGCCACAAUAUGGAAUCUGUCUGAUAUCGACCAGGAUGGGAAGCUGACAGCUGAGGAGUUUAUCCUGGCCAUGCACCUCAUUGAUGGAGCUAUGGCUGGGCAGCCCCUGCCCCCUGCACUGCCUCCAGAGUUUAUCCCACCUUCCUUUAGAAGAGUCCGCUCUGGCAGUGGGAUUUCUGCUGCCAGCUCAGUGUCUGUAGACCAAAGGUUACCAGAAGAACCAGCAUUAGAGGAAGAACAGCAGCAGCUGGAAAAGAAAUUACCAGUCACGUUCGAGGACAAGAAGCGGGAGAACUUCGAGCGGGGGAACCUGGAGCUGGAGAAGCGGCGCCAGGCGCUCCUGGAGCAGCAGCGCAAGGAGCAGGAGCGGCUGGCACAGCUGGAGAGGGCCGAGCAGGAGAGGAAGGAGCGCGAGCGGCAGGAGCAGGAGCGCAAGAGGCAGCUGGAGCUGGAGAAACAGCUGGAGAAACAGCGGGAGCUGGAGCGGCAGAGGGAGGAGGAAAGGAGGAAGGAAAUAGAGAGGAGAGAGGCUGCCAAGCGGGAGCUGGAGAGGCAGAGGCAGCUGGAGUGGGAGCGGAACCGUCGGCAGGAGCUGCUCAACCAGAGGAACAAGGAGCAGGAGGACAUAGUUGUCCUGAAGGCAAAGAAGAAAACCCUGGAAUUCGAGCUGGAAGCUCUGAAUGACAAAAGGAACCAGCUGGAGGGAAAACUUCAGGAUAUCAGGUGUCGGCUGUCGACCCAAAGACAAGAAAUUGAAAGUACAAACAAAUCCAGAGAGCUCAGAAUUGCAGAAAUCACCCAUUUGCAGCAGCAGCUACAGGAGUCUCAGCAGAUGCUGGGGAGGUUGAUCCCAGAAAAGCAGCUGCUCAAUGAUCAGCUCAAGCAAGUCCAGCAGAACAGUUUGCACAGAGAUUCUCUUCUUACCAUCAAAAGAGCCCUGGAAGCCAAGGAGCUGGCACGGCAGCAGCUCCGGGACCAGCUGGAUGAGGUGGAGAAGGAAACCCGAUCCAAACUGCAGGAAAUUGAUAUUUUCAACAAUCAGCUGAAGUCAGAAAAAGCUCCUCUGACCAUUUCUGCUCAGGAGGAUGUAAAAAUAGUGUAUUAUAGAGCUCUGUAUCCUUUUGAGUCCAGAAGCCACGACGAGAUCACCAUCCAGCCGGGAGACAUCGUCAUGGUGGACGAGAGCCAGACUGGAGAGCCGGGGUGGCUCGGGGGAGAACUGAAGGGCAAGACCGGCUGGUUCCCUGCAAACUACGCCGAGAGAAUCCCCGACAGCGAAGUGCCCGCCUCAGCCAGGCCGGCGGGGGAGGCCCCCAAGGUGUCCCUGCCCGAGAGCAGCACCCCCCUGGCAGCUCCUGCCCCCCCCGAGGCUCCUGCCACCGCCAACAACUGGGCAGACUUCAGCUCCACGUGGCCAACCAACCCCAGUGAGAAGGCAGAGAGUGAUAACUGGGAUGCCUGGGCAGCCCAGCCCUCCCUGACCGUGCCCAGCGCGGGGCAGCUCCGGCAGCGCUCGGCCUUCACCCCCGCCACCGUCACCGGCUCCUCUCCCUCCCCUGUGCUGGGCCAGGGUGAAAAAGUGGAGGGGCUUCAAGCACAGGCUUUGUAUCCUUGGAGGGCGAAAAAGGACAACCACCUGAAUUUCAACAAGAACGAUGUCAUCACAGUCCUGGAGCAGCAAGACAUGUGGUGGUUUGGAGAGGUCCAGGGACAAAAGGGGUGGUUCCCCAAAUCCUACGUGAAGCUCAUUUCAGGCCCCAUUAGGAAGUCAACGAGCAUGGAUUCUGGAUCCUCAGAAAGCCCUGCUAGUCUGAAAAGAGUAGCAUCCCCAGCAGCCAAGGCAACGAUGUCAGGGGAAGAGUACGUUGCCAUGUACACCUACGAGAGCUCGGAGCAAGGAGACCUCACUUUCCAACAAGGUGACAUGAUUCUGGUGACAAAGAAAGAUGGUGACUGGUGGACGGGCACGCUGGGUGAUAAAUCAGGAGUUUUCCCAUCUAAUUAUGUGAGACUCAAAGAUUCUGAGGCUCCAGGAGCAGCUGGAAAAACGGGAAGCUUAGGGAAGAAACCUGAAAUUGCCCAAGUUAUUGCCUCUUACACAGCCACGGGCCCAGAACAGCUCACUCUGGCUCCUGGGCAGCUCAUCCUCAUCAGGAAGAAGAAUCCAGGUGGUUGGUGGGAAGGAGAGCUCCAAGCCCGAGGCAAGAAGCGCCAGAUCGGUUGGUUCCCCGCCAACUACGUGAAGCUGCUGAGCCCCGGGACCAGCAAAACCACCCCCACCGAGCUGCCCAAGGCGGCCCCCGCAGUGUGCCAGGUGAUCGGCAUGUACGACUACACGGCGCAGAACGACGACGAGCUGGCCUUCAGCAAGGGGCAGAUCAUCACCGUGCUCAACAGGGAGGACCCCGACUGGUGGAAGGGGGAGGUCAACGGCCACGUGGGGCUCUUCCCCUCCAACUACGUGAAGCUGACCACGGACACGGACCCCAGCCAGCAGUGGUGUGCAGACCUGCAUCUGCUGGACAUGCUGACUCCCACGGAGAGGAAGAGGCAGGGCUACAUCCACGAGCUCAUCGUCACCGAGGAGAACUACGUCACCGACCUGCAGCUGGUCACAGAGAUCUUCCAGAAGCCACUCCUGGAAUCUGAGCUGCUCACAGAAAAAGAAGUUGCCAUGAUUUUUGUUAAUUGGAAGGAGCUGAUUAUGUGCAAUAUAAAACUACUGAAGGCCCUGCGGGUGCGCAAGAAGAUGUCCGGGGAGAAGAUGCCGGUGAAGAUGAUCGGGGACAUCCUGACGGCCCAGCUGCCCCACAUGCAGCCCUACAUCAGGUUCUGCAGCUGCCAGCUCAACGGGGCCGCCCUCAUCCAGCAGAAGACGGACGAGGUGCCCGAGUUCAAGGAGUUUGUCAAAAGGUUGGCAAUGGAUCCUCGCUGUAAAGGAAUGCCACUCUCCAGUUUUCUGCUAAAGCCUAUGCAACGGGUAACCAGAUACCCACUAAUCAUUAAAAACAUAAUAGAGAACACUCCUGAGAACCACCCUGACCACAGCCACCUGAAGCACGCCCUGGAGAAGGCCGAGGAGCUGUGCUCCCAGGUCAACGAGGGCGUGCGCGAGAAGGAGAACUCGGACAGGCUGGAGUGGAUCCAGGCCCACGUGCAGUGUGAGGGCCUCUCCGAGCAACUCGUAUUUAACUCAGUCACAAACUGCCUGGGACCACGCAAGUUCCUGCACAGUGGGAAGCUCUAUAAAGCCAAGAGUAACAAGGAGCUCUAUGGUUUUCUGUUCAACGACUUCCUCCUCCUCACUCAGAUCAUAAAACCUCUUGGCUCCUCGGGCACAGACAAGGUGUUCAGCCCCAAGUCUAACCUGCAGUACAAAAUGUACAAAACUCCCAUUUUUCUAAACGAGGUACUGGUAAAAUUACCCACAGACCCUUCUGGAGAUGAGCCCAUCUUCCACAUCUCCCACAUUGACAGAGUCUACACCCUGCGGGCUGAAAGCAUUAAUGAGAGGACUGCCUGGGUUCAGAAGAUCAAAGCUGCUUCAGAACUUUACAUAGAGACUGAAAAGAAGAAGAGGGAAAAGGCCUACUUAGUUCGCUCGCAAAGGGCAACAGGCAUCGGGAGGCUGAUGGUGAACGUGGUGGAAGGCAUCGAGCUGAAACCCUGCAGGUCCCAUGGAAAGAGUAACCCCUACUGCGAGGUGACCAUGGGCUCCCAGUGCCACAUCACCAAGACCAUACAGGACACCCUGAACCCCAAGUGGAAUUCCAACUGCCAGUUCUUCAUCAAGGACCUGGAGCAGGACGUGCUCUGCAUCACGGUGUUCGAGCGGGACCAGUUCUCCCCGGAUGACUUCCUGGGCAGAACAGAGAUCCGUGUGGCAGACAUCAAGAAGGAUCAGGGUUCAAAGGGACCGGUCACGAAGUGUCUCCUCCUGCACGAAGUGCCGACGGGAGAGAUCGUGGUGCGGCUGGACCUGCAGCUCUUCGACGAGCCGUAGGAGGGCAGGGGCCGUUGGCGUUCGGUCGAGGUCACCGCGGCCCGUCGGGGUCUGCGGGAGCUGUCACAAAGUCCUGGCUGGUGUGGCAGGAAACCACUGCUCGCCCUUCACACCUCCGAGGGUUAUCAAAGCAAACAGGAGCAUCUUUGUGCCUUGAUAAUUCUCACUGAAAACACGAAUCCCGGUUUAGUGAGGAGAUCUCCCUCAAUCUCUCAAUGUGGAACUUGGAGUUGGUCUCCUGGGUGGAUGAAACAACCCUGUUGUUCCUUGUAGCUCCAGUGGGAACGGCUGGCAAACCACAGAGGUGGCUGUGCUUGCUCCAGUUGCCCUACUCUUGAAUUUCCAUGGAGAAGGCAAUGCUGGGAUGUUUGGGAGGCUUUCUGCAGGGUUUUCCCGUGAAGGAAUUCUGUGCCUAUUGCUCAGCAAAGUGGGGUGUAAAUGGGACAUGAAUGGAAGGAGCAGUUUCGCAGCAAGAAGAUCUUUGAAGAUCUUCAUGAUGGUACUGAAAAGACUUAGAAAAUAAAUAGUCUAUAUCUAUAAACAGAGAAGAUUCUAUUAACAAACCACUUCAUGACUUGCAUUGCCCCUGAAAAUAAAUGAUGUCCAGGCCUCCUGCACAGAGAUGAAUUGCACUCCAGAAGAGUGCACCCCCUCGAUACCUUUGGAAGUUGCUGUUGUCCACAGGACUGUAAAUGUUGGCACAGGAAGCCAGGGGUUAAGCACAGAGCCCUGCUGUGUGUGUCCUGCUGUACCACUUGGAUACUCCUUUACUGCUGCUGCCCAGGUGGGUGAUCUGUCACCUGCAGUGGGGAAGAAAAAACAAUCACGGCUCCAGCUCAGGAAGGGAAGUCCCACCCCGCAGAGUGUGGUUUCAAAGCAAUCAGUGGUGCCCAGGUACUGGCCUGUGUUGGGCUCACCUGUGUGGGACAAGGUGUGAUGGGAGCGGGGCAGCAGCUCCCAGAGGUUGGUGGCUGUGCUGGAUGUGACCAGAGACAGAGCUUGGGACGGUGCAGAGUGGGGAACCCCAAAGCCUUGUCACGCUGGGGAGCGCCAGGGCUUCCCUAUCCAUUGGCUCCAUGGACACACACGUCCAGGCCCACAUCCCUGUUUGGCAAAGCCCCGGCUCCAAGCGGGCACUUACGUCCGGUGUCCCCGGAGCACCCGCGUAAGGGCUUUGCUGAGUCUGGACUCGAGAGGGAAAAGAGCCCCGAGAGUCAAAUUCCUCUUUGUUCUGCUUGGAUUCAUUCUGUUCAUGCCCUGCCACGCAUCCACUGGUAUUUUUGUAAGGACUUCAUUCCGGAUGGGAGGUGCCAGCCUGUGUCAUUCGCAUGUGAACGUUCUCGUGGAGCCUGUUGUUGGGUUUUGGUGUUCCUUGCAUGUCCUUCAGUCCUGGUUCCCACCUCUCCUGUGUUGGUGGUGUUCUCUAGCACUACAAGUCUUAUUGGUUUCCAUUAGGAAAUUAGGAUAUAUCCAUAACAGGUAGGUAGAUCCGUAUGGUAAUAAGUGUAAACUGUGCUGGGAAGUGUCUGUGUAUUAUAAUUUCCUAAAAGACCACUGUAAUGUUUCAAGCAAUGGGAAGAAAAAAAAAAAAAAGUAUGUUGGAGGGACAACAAAGUUUACAUUUCAUACUUUUCAGAAUCGCUUUAUUAUUUAUUUAUUGAAGAUAGUGUAGAAUUUUGUAUCAGAAAUGACAGACAUACUUAUGUAUUUUUUGAAACAAAACAGAGAUACACACUUUAGUUAGAAACUUUCAACUGACCACGUUUUAGAGGGAGUGUAACUUCCUAGGCAUGCAUUUGUUUACCACUAACUGGCUGAAAACACGAUUUAGAGAAUUUAAGUUUCUAUUUUUCAAUGUUGUUAAGAAAAUUGUUUCAAUUAAAAUAUGUAAAUAGUACUAAA